AUGACUUCUCCCCGGGCCGUAGCCUUUGCUUCUCUCUCCCUCUUCCACAUCCUGGUGACGCCAUUAUUCUUACUGUCCAGUGUAGUCCGCUCCACCGUUAAAGCGCUGGUCAGCGUCCAGAAGCUCAGCGAGUUCUUCUCCAGCGAGGAGAUCGGCGAGGAGACGGAGAAGUGUGCGCUCUCCCAUAAGACGGGGCAUCAGAACAAGUAUCAGGCGCUGGUCAGCAGCGGCUUUUUCACGUGGACUCCGGAGGGCACGCCUGCACUAUCAAGCAUUGACAUCCGGAUUCCUCGAGGUCAGCUGACUAUGAUCGUCGGACAGGUCGGCUGCGGGAAGUCCUCGCUCUUAAUGGCCACGCUGGGCGAAAUGCACAAGAUCUCCGGGGACGUAUUCUGGAACAGCGUUGCUGACGGUGAGGCGACGGCGGAGGACAUGAGCGCAGAGCGGGAGGCAGCCAUGGAUGUGGAGAUCAGGAGGCGGGGGGCGGUGGCGUACGCCUCCCAGAAGCCCUGGCUCCUGAACGCUACGGUGGAAGAAAACAUCACGUUUGAGAGCCCCUUUAAUAAGCAGAAGUAUAAAGCCAUGAUUGACGCCUGUUCCCUGCAGCCAGAUAUCGACAUCCUGCCACAUGGAGAUCAGACGCAGAUUGGAGAACGGGGGAUUAACCUGUCCGGGGGUCAGCGGCAGCGCAUUAGCGUGGCGAGGGCGCUGUACCAGCAGGCGAGCGUUGUGUUUCUGGACGACCCGUUCUCCGCUCUGGACAUUCACCUGAGCGACCACCUCAUGCAGGACGGUAUUCUAAAGAUGCUGCGAGACAACAAGACGACGACUGUGCUGGUCACACACAAGCUGCAGUACCUGCCGCACGCUGACUGGAUUAUUGCCAUGAAGGAUGGGACGAUCCAGCGAGAGGGAACUCUGAAAGACAUCCAGAAUUCGGAGCCUGAACUGUACGAGCAAUGGAAGACGCUCAUGAAUCGCCAGGACCAAGAGCUGGAAAAGGAAAUCAUAGAGCGGAAGACCCCGGGGGAGAGGAAGAACUGUACGAGACCCUUAUACUCGAGGGAGACGCUGCUGGGAGAUGAUGAGGAAGAUGAAGAAGAGAUCUCCGAGAGCGAUGAUGAUGAUGACAACUUGUCCUCCGUUCUGCACCAGAGGGCGAAGAUGCCGUGGAGAGCAUGUGGCAAAUACCUGAGCUCAGCCGGGAUCCUGCUGCUCCCGCUCCUGGUCUUCUCCCAGCUCCUCAAGCACUCGCUCAUGGUCGCCAUUGAUUUCUGUCUGGCAAAGUGGACCUCAGAUGCGAUUUUCAACGCUUCAUCUUCGGGCUGUACGGGGCAGAGCUGCGGUUUUGACCACUCGCCAUACUCCAUGGUGUUCAGUGUUCUGUCCUGCCUGACCAUCAUUAUGUGCCUUGCGACCUCCAUCGCAGUAGAGUGGACCGGUCUGCGAGUCGCCAAGAAGCUGCACAACAGUCUCCUGAAUGCCAUCAUUCUGGCGCCCAUGAGGUUUUUUGAGACAACGCCUCUGGGCAGCAUCUUGAACCGCUUCUCCGCAGACUUCAACACCAUAGAUCAGCACAUCCCAGCUACCUUGGAAUGUCUGAGCCGCUCCACCCUCCUGUGUGUGUCAGCGCUGGCCGUCAUCUCCUACGUCACCCCCAUCUUCCUCAUCUCCUUGGUCCCUCUGGUCAUCACCUGCUACUUUAUUCAGAAGCAUUUCCGAGUAGCCGCCAGGGAUCUCCAGCAGCUGGAAGACAGUACACAGCUCCCCCUGCUGGCGCACUUCUCUGAGACCGUUGAGGGGCUGACCACCAUACGAGCCUUCAGGUAUGAGGCCAGAUUCAGACAGAAGCUGCUAGAACUCACGGACUCCAACAACAUUGCAUCUCUGUUCCUCACAGCAGCUAACCGUUGGCUGGAGGUGCGCAUGGAAUACAUUGGAGCUUGUGUCGUCCUGGUUGCUGCCGUGGCCUCCAUCACCAAUUCUCUGCUGCCCUCUGGACAGGUCGGGCUCGGACUCACUUACGCUCUGAUGGUGUCUAACUACCUGAACUGGAUGGUGCGCAACCUCUCGGACAUGGAGAUUCAGCUAGGAGCCGUGAAGAGGAUUAACAGCCUCCUGAAGACUGAGCCGGAGAACUACAUGGGGCUUCUCUCCGCCUCCCAGAUCCCACAGAACUGGCCGGACCGAGGCGAGAUCCAGAUCCAGAACCUGAGUGUGCGCUACGACAGCUCCCUGAAACCCGUCCUCAAGCAUGUGAACGCCCACAUCACCCCGGGACAGAAGAUCGGGAUUUGUGGGAGAACCGGAAGCGGAAAAUCCUCCUUUUCUCUGGCGUUUUUCAGGAUGGUGGACAUGUUCCAGGGGCGCAUUGUCAUUGAUGGAAUCGAUAUCUCGAAGCUGCCGCUGCAGACGUUGCGAUCCCGUCUCUCCAUCAUUCUGCAGGAUCCCAUAUUAUUCAGUGGGAGCAUAAGAUUUAAUCUGGACCCUGAGAAUAAAUGUACGGACUGCGUGUUGUGGGAGGCGCUGGAAAUCGCCCAGCUCAAACACGUGGUGAAGGCGCUACCCGGCGGCCUGGAUGCGGCAGUCACCGAAGGAGGAGAGAACUUCAGCGUGGGGCAGCGGCAGCUCUUCUGUCUGGCCAGAGCCUUCGUCCGGAAGAGCAGCAUAUUAAUCAUGGACGAAGCCACAGCCUCCAUAGACAUGGCCACUGAGAACAUCCUACAGAAGGUGGUGAUGACGGCGUUUCAGGAGCGCACGGUGGUCAUCAUCGCGCAUCGGGUGCACACCAUCUUGAAUGCAGACAUGGUAAUUGUCAUGAAGAGAGGCGCCAUCAUGGAGUACGACAAGCCGGAGGUCCUGCUGGAGCGCGAGGACAGUAUGUUCGCCUCGUAUGUUCAGGCCGAUAAAUAAGAAACUUCCAGAAGUGCAAUUCACGAAUCGUUUAGUUUUUUUAAUUGUGUAAAUUACCUGUAAAUAAAGAGGAUUUCGUAAUAAAGAUCUUCACGCA